CUCUUUUGAGAAGUUGUAAUUUGAAACCUUAAACCUUAAACCUAGGCUUGAAAUUCUGCGGCCGUGGUCCCUUCGUCCUCGCACCCGAACACUUUAGUGUCAACCACGAUCUUGAAAGAGCUACCUCUAGCGCAAAACACCACAACAGUCAACAAAGAUGGCGGACGCUGAUCUCGAAGAAAUUAGAAAGGCGCGCCUGGCGCAGCUCAAAUCCCAAGGUGGGGGAGGAGGAGGGGCAAGCAGCUCAGGCGGCGGCGGUCAAGAUGACCAGAGACAGCAGCAAGAAUCUGAUGCGAGACAGUCGAUCCUGAACCAAAUCCUCGAGCCAGCCGCGGCAGAGCGACUCGGAAGAAUCCGUCUCGUCAAGGAGUCUCGAGCAGAUGAUGUGGAAAAUAGGCUGAUUACACUGGCAAGGUCGGGACAGUUGAGGCAGAAGGUCACUGAAGAGCAGUUGAAGGACCUCCUCAACGCCGUGGCUGAGACAAAGGAAGAGGAGAAGAUUGUGAUUAGCAGGCGAAAGGGAGGAUGGGAUGACGAUGAUGACGACUUGUUCAAUAUGUAGCCCAAAUGG